AUGGACGCGGACACCCGACCAUAUAACUUCACAUGGAGAGCGAUUGUCGGAUCGAAGCGAGCGCGCGUUGUCCUUCUCCUCUUGACUCUCAUCCUCUGUGUCUCGCUAUUAUUACCAUACGCCCCAUCACGCUCAUUGCCUCACUUUCCAAAGCUCCCGAAACCCGAAGAUCCACCCCCCAAGAAUGAUGAUCAGGUGGAUUGGUCACAGUUUGCGUAUUCGCAAUAUGCGACGAACCCAGACUACCUCUGCAAUUCUGUGAUGAUUUUUACUACGUUGAAGCGUCUUGGUGUGAAGGCAGAUAGGAUCUUACUGUAUCCUCAAGAGUGGCCGGAUAAUGAUCCUGCCGACCCUAAGUCCGGGUUGCUGAUAAAGGCGAGAGAUGAGCUGGGUGUAAAGCUGAGGCCAAUAUCGGUGCUUCAGGAAUCGGCGGAUCCAACCUGGGGUGCCAGUUUUACGAAGCUGCUCGCAUUCAACCAAACCGAUUACCGGCGGGUGUUGAAUAUUGAUUCUGACUCUACAAUUUUCCAGUCCAUGGAUGAGCUAUUCCUCUUCCCUUCUGCGAAAGUAGCCUUGACACGAGCUUACUGGCUCGAUAAUUUCCUUUCAUCCCAACUCAUCCUCCUAGAACCCUCCGCAACCGAAUUCGCGCGCAUUCAAGAAUCGAUCAAGAACAAGAAGCCCAACGACUUCGAUAUGGAAAUCGUCAAUUAUCUGUACAAAGACCAUUGUAUGAUCCUACCGCAUCGACCGUACAACUUGCUCACUGGGGAGUUCCGUGGCGACAAACAUGCAGCCUACCUAGGCUCCGAAGAAGAGGUUUUUGAUCCAGAGAAAAUUCUCAAAGAGACGAAGCUGGUCCACUUUUCGGACUGGCCGUACCCGAAGCCCUGGAUUAACGCCAGUAAGCGUGAAACAGAGCGGCUUAUGCCGGAAUGCAAGACUUCUGAGCAGGGUGGGGAGCAAGAUUGUCGCAAUCAAAAGACCUGGCUAUGGUUGUAUUCCGAUUUCAAGGAAAGGAGAAAGAACGUCUGCGGUUCUGACUUUUAAUGCGUUACAAUGGACUUACGUUAUGGAAAGAGUUAUAUAUCGGCGAAUGUGUUCAGGGACUCUUGUGCUAGACUCCCCUGUAUAUGUAUAAUCUUCGACUGUUAUUUUGGCGCUAGGAAAUUUUUUGGCGUGUUGGAAUGGAUUGCAGCUCAGGCAUAUACAUGUCGCAUAGAAUAUACACGCACAUAAUUACUCUUGCAUUGGGGCAGCUGAUCCAGGUCUGCAGUCAUGGAUC